AGCGGCGCGCCGGAAGCUUCGGAUCACACCGCUUGUAAUAGGCGAGCCUUUGAUUUGCGGCGGGUGAACUUGGUUUUUGGGCUUCGGACCGGCUUAGGCGUGCGGCGAAGGGUGACCGGUUUGUGGUCUUGGUGGGAAAGCGAAAGCUUAUUUCUGCUUUUCCGUCCCGAGCGACGUGCUGCGACGCCGCCCCCCCCGGCGCUUAAACCGCGGUUCACAGCGUGAUCUCCGGAGGUUUCUUUUUCCCCGCUCAUGCAGGAGCUUCCUUCUGCUUUGUUAGCGCGCUCGGUGGAUGGACUAGAGGGGAACUAGUUGGAUUGGGAUUAAAGCAUAGUUGAAAGAAGCACAGAAUGUCAUAUAGAAGAGAUGAAAUGUGGUCAGAGCGGUAUGACUAUGAAAGAUUACCACGAGAAAGACUUCCUCCACGUCCUGACGAUGACUACCAUCGAGUAGUCAGUUUUGCAUCCAAGAAACCAUCACUUCCAGAAAGAUCUGGUGAAGAAGGCUAUAAUAGAUAUGAAUAUGGCCAUGCUCAUGUAGGCUAUAGAGACUAUGGUGAAGGUCGAGGUUUUGCCCACGAACGAAGAAGUGGACUACCACAUAGAAUUGAUGAUCCAGGAUAUAGAUGGUCAAGAGAAGAACAUUCUGAAAGUCGGCCAACUGAUUAUAGAGAUGGCGUACGACGGAAACCUAUAUAUCCUCAGUAUGCAAGAGAUCGCUCCCCACAUAAAAGGGAUUCCCCUUACUUCAGAGAAUCACCGAUUGGCCGGAAAGAAUCUCCUCACAGCAGAUCUGGCUCCAGUGUCAGCAGCAGAAGUUAUUCACCUGACAGAAGCAAAGCCUACACCUUCCAUCAGUCCCAGCAUAGCAGAAGUAUGUCAUCUUUACAUAAAAUAAAUAUCUCCCUGCAAGAGAGAUCUUCGACUCAGAGUUUGAAGACUUCAAGAGACGCAUCUCCUUCAGGAGCUACAGCAAGAUCACCUGCAAAAACUUUAGACAAAAGCAGCAGAUUAUCAGAAAAGGAGCUUGCAGAGGCUGCAAGUCGAUGGGCAACUGAAAAGGCAGAGAAAGUAGAGGCAAGCAGUGCACCUGAAAUUUCAGAGUAUGAUGCCACAUCCUCGGAUCCGUUAUAUAUAAAACACCAUGAAGAAACAGGUGCCAGUGUAACAGACAGCAAUGAAUUAUUUGAAGACAACCAUCAUAUUAGUCGCUCAAAGGCAAUUGCUCAAAAGACAAAGGAAAUUGAACAAGUAUACCGACAGGAUUGUGAAACUUUUGGUGCUGUGGUGAAGAUGCUGAUUGAAAAAGACCCUGCGUUAGAAAAAACUGUUCAGUUUUCUUUGAGACAAAAUUUGCAUGAGAUUGGUGAGCGAUGUGUUGAAGAACUUAAACACUUCAUUGCAAAAUAUGAUUCUGCGAGUCAAGAAUUUGAAGAAACAUAAGAUAAAUUAUGAGUUAUUCAUAUAUAAAGGCAACCUGCUUCAUGGAUGCUAACCUUCUAAAUUUGUUGAUCUUGCAUUUGAUCUCUUCAUAAAUUUGAAUUAAUUGCAAAAAAAAAUCAUUUACUUAGUUGAUUCCGUUUAGAAAAUAUAUUGACUAUAUGAAGUUCAGCUCAUGUCAGCCAUAUUUUGAAAAAUCCUUAACAAAAAGCUGCCCCAAUUAUUGAAACAGGUUGCCAAGUAUGACAGACCAUUUUGUAAUUUUAUUGAUAUCGAUGAAUAUAUAAAAUAAAUGUGUACCUGUAUUUAUGUAAAUUUUACAUAUGUAUUCCUUUUAAUUACAGUAGCUAUACUAAUUUGUUUGUAAACCAUUGUUAGGACAAUUCCAUUAAGCUAGUUGUUUAAGCUUAGUGGUUUUGUAACUUCAAAUAGCUUGUAUAAUUAAACUCCAAAUUUGCAUUUCCUUGAAAGCUUUGUACACUUGUAUAAACAAUAUUUGUCUUUAAUAGUAAUGGAAAGUAUAUACUCUUAUUCUCUUCUGCAAUUUCUGUAAUUUCCACUACACUAUGGGAUAUUCCUUUUAGAAAUGGGUGUAGUGAAGGCAGCACAAGUGUUUUCAAAGUAUGAGAAUUGUGUAAUUCAUCAUUUCACAAAUGGCACAGACAUGAUGAUACUUCCCAUAAUCGUGGGCUAAAAGGGUAAGUAAAUUCAUAAUUGCAAUUCAGCAGCUAAUCUUUAUCCAACAUCACUUCAUUAUAUUCCUCUCUUACAAUUAGAGACUAGUCUACUUGAAAAGAUUCUUCUCAGAAUUGCAACAAGGUGGUUUUUGUUUUUGUUUUUUGGA